AUGGCGUCCCAUGUCGAUGACAAGACAGACCCGGUCACGAGGAGCGAAGAGACCUCCGCUGAAGGGAAAUUGCACAUCCAACCAAGAGACACGAAUGUCGAUGGAGAAAAUACAGCCGAAAUCACUGGCUACGACCACGAACGCAUGAAGGAUCGAGGCCUUCUGUCCUAUGAAGAGGAGAAGAAGCUACUGCGUCGUGUAGACAUUCGCCUCAUGAUAUUAUGUGCCAUCAUUUUCAUGAUUAAGAAUGUCGAUGCGAACAAUGCUGCGCAUGCUCGUAUUAUGAACCGUGGAACCGACCGAAACAUUCUCACUCAGCUCAAAAUGACCAGUGACGACUACAAUUGGGUCAGCACAAUAUACUUCGUGACUUGGGGAAUCACACUGGCAUGUCAUGCCGCAGUCACGUCCAAAGCGGGACUUCUGACAGCUCGAUUCUUCCUUGGUCUUUGCGAAGCUGGAAUGUUCCCUGGCAUCAUUCUGCAAUUAACAUACUGGUACCGGGCUGAUGAGAUGACGAGCCGGCUUCUGAUUUUCUACUCCUUCGAGUUCUUCGCCAAUAUUGUCAGUGCUGUCCUGGCUUAUGGUUUCAACGGUAUAUCUGGACGAGGUGGUUUAUCCGGGUGGCAGUGGUACUUUCUUGUUGAGGGAAUAUUUACGAUUCUCUUCGGGAUUUCGCUGUGGUGGAUUUUCCCUGAUUGUAAGCAGACGCACCCAGUUCAUGAGGAUCAUGAAGGCUUACAUCUUGAUACAGUCCCUGAGCAGGCAAAAUGGCUUACCGACAAGGAAAAGAGAUUCCUCCAAGCCCGACUCCCUGCAAAUGCUCCUCGAUCAAGUGAAUCCGACUUCAAUAUGAGCGAAAUUUGGGAGAGUCUCAAGGACCAGCGCCUCUGGUGGUUCACACUGAUCUGGGCGACAAAGACAAUUGGAGGCUCGGGUCUCUCGUUCUACCUGCCUACCAUCGUAGCUGAUCUGGGGCUUGUCUCCAUCGCCGAAAGUCAAUUACUCACUAUCCCUUCCGCGGUUAUUCCCAUGUUCCUCAUUGGCCUCAGCGCAUACUUGACCGGGCGGAAGGGUGUGCCGUAUCCUCUCAUCGCACUUGUCUACAUGGUCACUACACUGGCAUGCUACGCGGUAAUGGUCACUUAUCCAAACCUCGGAGGCGUAUAUGCUGCCACGACCAUUGCGGCUUCAGCGUCUUUGGCCUGGUUCUCGACCAUGUGGCCGUGGCGCCUCCAGACCACAUCCAAGGCCACUGGUUCGGCAUUUGCCAUUGCCUUUUCGAAUUCCCUCGGCCAGAUCGGUACGAUUGUCGGACCGCAGAUCUUCCAAUCCAAGUACGCCCCCAAAUAUAGAGUCUCGUUCGCAGUGGCAAUGGGGAUGAGCGGGGUGUGCAUUCUUGCUACUCUGUGGACUUGGUGGCUCACGAGGCACACCGAACGGCAGACCUGGCAUCUGAGGAAGAUGCGGAUCAAUGCAGCUAAGAACAGUAACGUUGUUCUGGAAGAUGUGGAUAUCAACGCUGACUUUGAGAAGGGAGCGAGAGUGCAAAGAUAG